GGAGUUAAUUAAUCAUCAACAGGAAACGGCACCGAGUUCACACCCUCCCUCAUCGACCGAAAUUCCAAGGGCGAGGGCUUCCGGAACUUCUUCAACAAUGGCGAUUUCUAGGGUUUCUGAGGUUUUGUGAUCACACCGACUGUCAUCUGAAUCGAAAUCUUCCAUGGACAUGCCCGGUAGAAGAUCCAACUACACUUUGCUCAGCCAAUUUCCUGUUGAUUCUGUCUCACCCGUCUCCGUUACCGGAGCUCCGCCGCCGUACUAUGACUCCAUGUCCAGCGACAACAGGAGCGCAACAACCAAUAACAGCGGUAACAACAGCAAAACCAAGGCGGAUAGAGCUGGAUUCGAUUGGGAUCCCAGUGGCGGUGAUCACAGGUUGAGUACCCAGACGAAUCGGGUUGGGAAUCUGUAUUCUUCGUCCCUCGGGUUGCAGAGGCAAUCGAGCGGCAGCAGCUUCGGAGAGAGCUCCCUGUCGGGGGAAUAUUACAUGCCCACGCUUUUGCCUUCGUCGGCUAACGAGAUGGAUUCGUUUGGAUACGCUCAAGAAGAUGGGUUUAGACUCGGCUUUUCCGGCGGCGGAGGAGAUUUUAGGGUGAAGAUGGCUGCGGAGUCCACGGGAGGGUCGUCGUCCGGGAAGAGCUGGGCGCAGCAGACGGAGGAGAGCUAUCAGCUGCAGUUGGCAUUGGCUCUGCGGCUUUCGUCGGAUGCCACUUGCGCAGACGAUCCGAACUUUCUUGAUCCUGUUCCGGACGAGUCCGCUCUUCGGACUUCGCCUAGCUCAGCAGAAACUGUUUCACAUCGCUUCUGGGUCAAUGGCUGCCUAUCAUACUUUGACAAAAUUCCUGAUGGGUUUUAUAUGAUUCAUGGACUGGAUCCAUAUAUUUGGACCUUGUGCGUCGAUCUACAGGAGAGUGGUCGUAUUCCUUCGAUUGAAUCACUAAGGUCUGCAGAGUCCGGUGAUGAAUCUGCACUUGAAGUGAUCUUAGUUGAUCGGCGUAGUGAUCCAAGCUUCAAGGAACUGCACAAUAGAGUCCAUGACAUAUCUUGUAGCUGCAUAACCACAAAAGAAGUUGUUGAUCAGCUGGCAAAACUUGUCUGCAAUCACAUGGGGGGUCCAGCUACCACAGAAGAAGAGGAUUUGGCUCCCAUAUGGACAGACUGUAUUGAUGGUUUAAAAGAAUGCUUUAAACUGGUGGUUCCCAUAGGUAGCCUCUCUGUUGGCCUCUGCAGACAUCGAGCUUUACUCUUCAAAGUGUUGGCUGACACCAUUGAUUUACCCUGUCGAAUUGCGAAGGGAUGCAAAUAUUGUAAAAGAGAUGAUGCUGCAUCAUGCCUCGUCCGAUUUGGGCUUGAUAGGGAAUAUCUGGUUGACUUAGUAGGGAAACCAGGUCAAUUAUGGGAGCCAGACUCCUUGCUAAAUGGUCCCUCAUCUAUUUCAAUUUCUUCACCGUUGCGAUUUCCGCGACCAAGGCCAGUUGAACCUGCCGUUGAUUUCAGUUCUCUGGCCAAACAGUAUUUUUCAGACAGCCAGUCGCUUAAUAUUGUUUUUGAUCCUGCUUCAGGUACUUUCAACUGUAGUGACAUAGAUGAACUUGGAUUCUCAAUGUAUCACAGGCAACACGAUAAUGUGGGCGAAGAGAAAAAUGACAAUGCACAAUUGCCCGAAAAUAUGGGUGGUUUUGUGCCGCUCGGUGCUAAUGAGCCUCCACAGAACAAUGUGCAUGCACCAAAUCAAGUACAAGCGAUGGUGCCUUCAGUAAAUGUGCCGUCAAUUAGUCAGUGUCUUCCCACAAGGCAAAACAGGGAACUUGGACUUGACGUUGAUGAUUUGGACAUCCCAUGGAGUGAUCUUGUUUUAAAAGAGAAAAUUGGAGCAGGUUCCUUUGGCACUGUCCACCGUGCUGAGUGGCAUGGCUCGGAUGUUGCUGUGAAGAUUCUCAUGGAGCAAGACUUUCAUGCUGAGCGUGUCAAUGAGUUCUUGAGAGAGGUUGCAAUUAUGAAACGCCUCCGCCACCCUAACAUUGUUCUCUUCAUGGGUGCUGUCACUCAACCUCCAAACUUGUCCAUAGUGACAGAAUAUUUGUCAAGGGGGAGUUUGUAUAGGCUGUUGCAUAAAAGUGGGGCAAGGGAGCAAUUGGACGAGAGACGUCGGUUGAGUAUGGCAUAUGAUGUGGCAAAAGGGAUGAAUUAUCUCCAUAAUCGCAAUCCUCCCAUUGUCCAUAGAGAUCUAAAAUCACCGAAUCUGUUGGUUGACAAGAAAUAUACAGUCAAGGUCUGUGAUUUUGGUCUCUCGCGUUUAAAGGCGAGUACAUUUCUAUCGUCAAAGUCAGCGGCAGGAACUCCCGAGUGGAUGGCACCUGAAGUACUUCGUGAUGAACCGUCAAACGAGAAAUCAGACGUAUAUAGCUUCGGAGUAAUAUUGUGGGAGAUUGCCACAAUGCAACAACCAUGGAGUAAUUUAAAUCCAGCUCAGGUUGUAGCAGCUGUUGGUUUCAAAGGCAAGCGGCUCGAGAUUCCACGCAAUCUGAACCCACAGGUUGCAGCGAUGAUCGAGGCAUGCUGGAUCAAUGAGCCGUGGAAACGCCCGUCUUUUGCGACUAUAAUGGAAUUGCUAAGACCAUUGAUCAAAUCAGCACCACCUCAACCAGGGCGUUCGGAUAUGAUGUAGCUAACAAUGAGCUGAGAGAGUUUCCAGCGCCAUAUGCACAUACUCUAUAUACAGCAUUCUUUUUGAGAUUUGCUGGCUACUCGCUAUAUAGAUAGAUUAAGGUUUGACUCGUCCUCAGUCUUUUCGGUUUUAGAGAAAACAUAAUCAUUCGGUUUUUAUAUCGGAUUCGGUUCGAUUACGGCUAUGUAUUAUUCGGUUCAAAUUGGUUCGAUUAUUAACCACCCUUGAUUUGAAUUGCUCGCUUCUUGAUAUGUUUCACUUUCACCCUCGCCUUUUGUGUUCUUGUACCUUUGACAAUGUGAAUGAGUGCAUGUCUGUCGACUUGUCCUUUAUA